AAUGUUUUCAUCAAAUUGUAAUCUAUUAAAUAUAAUCUACAAAUUGGUAAAUACCAAAUAUACUCUUAUUACAAAUAAUAACCUUUUAUUUAUUUAUUUCCUCUCUUCAGGUGAUUUAAGUCCAUUAUCUUUCACUCUGACUGACUCCCUCAACAGUGUGUGGAAACUACUGAACUAAGGAGCUGAUUGAGAGGCAGACAGAUUUAGUUUGGACUUAUUUUUCUAGUGUUAAUUAUUCUCAUCUUAAACAGAAAAUCACAACUGAGAUCCAUGUGACACACUAUUAUAAAGAUGGCCUUUAUUAAAGAAGAGCGUGAAGACAUGAAGAUUGAGAAAACAUUCAGAGUCAAACAUGAAGAGACUGAGACACACACUGUUAUAAAGAUGGAGUUUAUUAAAGAGGAGAGUGAAGAAAUGAAGAUUGAAGAAACAUGCAGAGUCAAACAUGAAGAUACUGAGAAACAUACAGACCUGAAAGUGAAGAGUGAAGAACUGAAUGAAAUUCAAGAUAAAGAUCAGUAUAAAAUACAUCUUGAUUUCAUAUCUGGACAAAAAUCAUUUAGUUGCUCACAGUCAGCAAAGACCUCUUCAGAAAAAAGAGCUCAGAAGGCUAGAUCUAGAAGUCACUUCACCUGUCAACAGUGUGGAAAAAAUUUUGACCAUAAAGGAAAGCUGAGAGUCCACAUGAGGAUUCACACUGGAGAGAAGCCUUACAGCUGCAAACAGUGUGGAAAGAGUUUCAAUGAACAUGGACACCUUAAAGUCCACAUGAGGAUUCACACCGAGGAGAAGCCUUUCACCUGUCCUCAAUGUGGAAAGAGUUUUUCACAUAAAUGCACUUUGAAUGCCCACAUGACAAUUCACACAGGAGAGAAGUCUUACACCUGCAAACUGUGUGGAAAUAGUUUCUUUGAAAAAGGAAGCCUUAGAAGGCACAUGAGGAUUCACACUGGAGAGAAGCCUUACACCUGCCCUCAGUGUGGAAAGAGUUUUACUCAAGGAGGAAGCUUUAACAGGCACAAGAGAAUUCACACUGAAGAGAAACCGUUCAUCUGCCAACAGUGUGGAAAGCAUUUCAAUCAAAAAAGAUACCUUAAUAGCCACAUGAAAAUUCACACAGAGCUGUGGAAACAGAGCAAGUCUCAAGGAAGGAGAUCCAGAAGGAUAAAAGGAGGAGUGAUGACCGUGCAAGACGAGAGCGGACAGGCCAAGGGUCUAAUUUAUAAACGUUCCAUACGCACAAAAUAGACAUAGAAAUUGCGUAUAAACUUUAUAUAUACUUAUAUAUACUUGCUGUAAAUAUGUACGCACCUUACAGACAUGCUAGACCAUGCAUACACACGCUUUUUCCUGGAGUGAGAAUUAUUAUUUUAAAAUCUGUUUUCAUUUCAAUAUACACAUUUACAUGAAAUAUUCCACUCAUUAAUAUAAAACCAUGCGUUCGCAAAAUCUAGCUUUUGUGCAUACGUACAAUUUUAGGAUGAAAUGUAUGUAGAGUUAUGUAAAUGAGACCCCUGGGCUUCAUGUUGUGAUUUAUUAUGUUUUUUUUAUGCAGCAGUCGUUCUUGAUGGGUUGCUGCUUUACUUGCAUUUUAUUGUUUGUUUGUCUUAAAGUUGUGUGAAUAUUCACCGGUUCCCGUGGCUCUCAGCCCUGCAUGCCACAUGUAUCGGGUGCUUCUCAAUAAAUAAGAAUGAUGAGUAAUUGUUCAUCCAUGUAUUAAAUGGAUACACACAUUCUGAAUCUCACAGCGAAAAUCACAAGAUAAAAGUGGGAUUUCUCUCUCUCAAGAUAAUGAGCUAAAGCCAGACUCCAUUUUGACCUCUUCCUUGCAUGACUGGAAUCCUCUCUAAAACCCACAGAGACUGUCUUUUAGGGCUGUCAAAAUUGCUCAAAAAUGACGUUCGAAUAUUCCCUCUAAAAAAUACACUAAUAUUCGAACUAUUCGAACAUCUGGUUGUGCAUGUUGUCAAUGACGCACAUUACAUCAAUAACAGGCCAAAAUAAUACAAAGAGACAUAACUACUUGUAUAGAUAGUCUAUUUAAGUUUAAACAUA